ACACACCUGGGGACAGGUGAGACAUGGGGACACACCUGGGCUUCCUGCUGGGCGUCACCCUCGUGCCCCCUGCAGCUGCUGUGAGACCUGGGGGGAACAGGUUCCCCCUGGCGGUGCUGCUGUUGCUGACGUCCCCGGGGGUCUCGCUGUUCCUGGCGGUGCUGCUGGAGCGGGAGCUGCUGGAGGCCCCGGCGGGUCUGGGCGAGGCCUGGCAGCGAUUCCUGGGGGCUCUGGGCCAGGGGCUGCUCCAGGAGCACCUGCACGGAGCCCACCUGAGCCCCCUCCUCACCCUGGGGGCCUACCCCUGCUGGCUGCUGCUCUGGAACGUGCUCUUCUGGAAAUGAGGGA